AGGCAGAUAUUGGCUGGGAAUACGUCAAAGACAAGUAGGCCUAAAAAUCUAUAAAAAUUGAAGGGGGGGAAAAAAGAAGUUAGAAUUAGCAUUCUCCCGACUCGCGAUACUUUGGAGGCUGCCGAUCCCAAACAACUCUUCAAUUUGACUCAGAAUGGCACUAGGUGGAGCAGCUCCCCAGAGAGGAAGUGCAGCAGCUACUGCCAGCAUGCGCAGGAGAAGGACAACAAGCUCUGGUACAUCUGGAGGGGCAGCUGGAACAAUGCUGCAGUUUUACACGGAUGAUGCUCCUGGCCUCAAGAUAUCCCCCAACGUUGUUCUCGUCAUGAGUAUUGGUUUCAUAGCUUUUGUUGCCAUUCUCCAUGUUAUGGGUAAGCUGUACUUCGUGCGAAGAGAAGCCUAGUGGGUUUUCCCCUGAUAAAGUGAUGAAUAUUUAAAUUCAAUGCGACAAAAGUUUAAUUUUGAUCUGAACUCUCUGUCUGUCAUUACAGUAAAACUAAUUUGGAUUUUGUUACUAGUUAGAAUGAAAGAGUUUUUCAGUUCUGGUAUAAAUUAGUUCUUUUGCUACUAGUGAAUUGUGAUUUACUUAUAGCUCUUGAGUACUAAGCCUAUUAUGAGUUUGCAACAAUGAGCACCAGAGAGACUUUCUGGUUAAUUCAGAUGUAGAAUCAGAUUUGUUAUGGAUGACGAUGAAUUUUCAA